UUCGGGAAAAGUUGUAAGAAAUGAAAUGGCUAAUGGCGCUAUGACGGGUGAUGGAUGGCGCCGAGAAAAAAGGUUAUGAAAUCCGCUUCAUAAUUCAAACACAGCAUCUUAGGUAUUACAACUUCAACUUCUAUACUCAUAAACAAUUAAUCUUAAUAGCCCUCAUUUAAGGAUAUAAAAUAUGAACUCCGGAUACGCUAGGUAGUGACUAGCAACUAAAGAGGAUAUCCAUUCCGUCAACCUGAAAGCCCUGAAUUUCAUCAUCAAACAAAAGCCAUUCUAAACCGAGGGUUCGGCGUUAAAUGACAACGAAAACAGUCGAGUACCUGAUGAUACGCAACUUCGGCCGUUAGAUUCCCCUCAAUAGAUGCAGAUACAAUCGAAAUAAAAUGCAAAUGCAUGUUACGUCUCAGAAGAUGUAAUGCACUCUACAACCGUCCAUUGAUCCGACAUAGACGGGGAAAAUGCAGCGUGGACGCGUGCGAUGCGAUGGGUGAUAAUUGCUCCAAAUUGCGCCAUCGAUGUUCGCGGGCCUAUUUCCAAGUCUUGUUGACCGAACAUAAAGAUGCAAGUAGGAGCCUAGUCCAACUCCGCUUGUGAUUACGAGGGGAUCAAUCCAAAUGUUAUGGCGACCGUUACUUAUGUUACCCCUGCGGCUGUGAAGCCCCCAGGGCAGCCCGACAUCUCAUAUGCACCAGACUUUAGGAAAUAUGAAGCCCGAAGAGAUGGUCGAAUCAAGUCCGGAGGCUUGCCAACGGAACUUCCUAAAGGACUGCCCAAACAGCUAACUGGAAAGCUCGUAUGGGAGGGUGACUCGCUUGCGAAAGAGUACGAUUGGACAUAUGUGCUCAAGCAGGAUCAACUUGAUGAAAUAGACAUCGCCGUGAAACAUUUCAAAUCCCUUGACUUACCCCUCGGCUACGUGAGCCAGGAGACCUUUCCGCUGCCGAAGCUGCAUUCUGAGCUACGGAAAUUAUCUGAUGAGCUCCAUAAUGGACAUGGCUUUUUCGUAAUUCGAGGUGUCCCCGUCGACAAGUAUAGUCGGGAAGAGAAUAUAAUCAUUUAUGCGGGACUAUCGGCGCAUAUUGCGCCUAAACGGGGUCGCCAGGACAGCAAGUAUGAAGACAAGCCUGCGGCCGUCACGCUGUCUCAUAUCAAAGACCUGAGUGGUCCCGGCCGUAGCGAAAUAAUCGGUAGCCCGGCUUUUACUACCGACAAGCAGGUAUUUCAUACGGAUUCCGGUGAUAUCGUUUCUCUAUUCGCCCUCGAAACCGCUGCCGAAGGCGGCGCAAGUAAGCUUGCGAGCACAUGGCGAGUAUAUAACGAGAUCGCUCGUACCCGCCCUGAUCUUAUUCACACAUUGACGGAGAAUUGGAAUCCGGAGAACUUCGGUAAUCAUGAACAACCAUAUACGUCAAGACCUAUCAUGCACUAUCAACCGGCUACUGAAUCGACACCGGAACGUGUGAUUCUACAGUAUGCUCGUCGAUCAUUCGUCGGGUUUGGUGCUCUGCCUCGAAGUCCAAAUAUCCCACCCAUCACCGAAGCCCAGGCGGAAGCCUUAGACACAUUACACUUCCUUGGAGAGAAAUUCUGCGUCGACACAUAUUUCCAGAAGGGUGAUAUCCAGUAUGUCAACAACUUAGCUUUGUUCCACGCUCGGGACGGGUUUAAGAACGAAGGCGAUAAGCAGCGACAUCUGUUACGCUUCUGGCUACGUGACCCCGAGAAUGCAUGGGAAACGCCGGAUGUGCUGAAAGAGAGAUGGGCUUUACUUUAUGAUGAUAGAGCGCCAGAAUCUGAAGUUCUGCCGCUGGAACCCUAUAUUCGAACUGCAGGUAAUAAGAGUGGUCGAGUGGGUGGAUGAUCUUGGCUGAGACAAACUCCAACACCGGUAUAUCUAUAUAAACCAGCAAGAUUAAACACACGCCGGCAUACGACCAAUAGUAUGGUGAAAUUCGGUUUCCGUCGGCUUUUAUUCAAACUCCGAGGAUUAAAUUGAAAGGUAACGCAAAAUGAGAUUUGUGCCAUGUUGCAAAUACAAUCCCGUAUCAAUACAGCCAACAAGUCUGCUAUUCGAGAGACUCGGCGGCAUACUUGGUAUCACUUGGCGUACAUAUCGUGUAGCUGAAAAUGAUACACCCAAUAAAGGUCUUCCUCCGUACCCAGGUGGUCAUCGAAAUAAUUUGGGAACGUCGGAAUGCUUUGGCUUCAAUACGGCGACCGAGACUCGUUACCAAAACAUACGCACCCACGUUUUCUAAGCGCUACCAACGCUCUAGCCCAUGUAAGGAUUCGCAUGGCGUACGAUUCUUUGUUUUAAUUACCUGAAUUCUUGUUUGCCUUCGAGCGUAAUUCAACCGUUCCAGGAUUGUUCUGUAGCAUCGGGCCCAUGACCGGCAUGGUUGUCAUGUUCAGCCAGUAUUGCGUGAUUCUCGGCCCCUCUCACCUAGGAAGGUUCCCGUACGGAUCUUAUCCAGUCUCCAAAGCCGUCUGAGAUGACCGUCUGGAUAU